AUGGCGGAGGUCAGCCUAAGUACUAUACCUCCUCCUGGAGGUUAUGCACCCGACCCCCCUUCCGAUGUUCCCGACCCAUCCAAUCCACUGCAUCGAUGUAUUCACUGUAAACAUCGGAAGGAUGCUGCUUAUGACCUGAAGCGCAAUGGAGAGUAUUAUGCUAAGUGUAAGGCUUGCCGUGAGAGUCAUACAUCUUCUAGGAAGCGCCCUCGCUAUCAACGAGAUACAAGCGCAUUAAUCCAGAGGCAAGUGAAGCCUCGUCUACAGUCGGAAGGAUUCUUUCCCCGAGGUCAACACGAGGAAGAUACUCCUUCUCAAGCAGCAGUUCGCAGAGACUUCGUGGAUAUUCAACGUGAGCACCGUUCUCGCAGGAGACACGGUGAGAUUGUCUCUUCGACGCCCAAUUUCGAUGACUUCGUUACACAACGGACGCGUCCGCCUGGACAGUAUCCUGGCGCGACCCAUGUUCCAUCCCGGACUCCACCUAAUCUGUCCCAGCUUGGAAAUCCAAUCUUUCCGCCUAUUGAAGACGAGCAGGAGGAUGACUCUGUGACACCUACCGUGAAGAGUCUCGGAAAGUGA